ACCAUGAACAUUGCAGGUGACCCCAGGCACGCCGGCCGGCCGCGAGCUGGUGCGAGGCGACAUCAUCGCCAAGAUAGACGACUACGACGCGCGCGACCUGCGACACGAGGACGCGCAGAACCUGUUCAAGAACUCCCCUAACCAGAUCAAGCUGGUUGUACAGAGGGACGUGGACCGUGAUGCGACCGCUGGCACCCCGCACGCGCCGAGGUCGCCCAUACCCAACGCGGCUGCACCGCCCUACAGGACCCCCAGCCCUCUUCCUGCGACGGCAUGGCGCGGCGGCGCGGGCCCGGAAUCCCUCCCUCGCACUCCGGUGCCUCCGUACAACUCGUACCCAGUGCAGCAUGAGGGCGAGUACCGGACCAUGCUCCUGUCGCCCACUUCGACGCGCACCGACGACACCUGCGACGAGUCUAUUCAGAGCCAGCCCUACCGCACCACCCCCCUAGUGUUGCCCGGCGCCAAGGUGCGCCGCGAGCCCGGCCCCACCGAGAGCUAUCUCCGCCACCACCCCAACCCGGCCAUGCGGGCGCCCCCACACCACGACUACCGCGACACACUCAUGAAGCAAAAGGUGGCAGAGUCGGUGCUGCAGCGAGUGGUCGGCGAUGAGAACAAGGUGGUGCACAAACAGUUCAACUCUCCCAUUAAUCUGUAUUCGGACCAAAACAUCGCCAACUCGAUUAGGCAACAGUCGUCGCCCUUGCCCGCUAACGGCCAUUACGGGCGGCCGCACGUUGUCAAGAGCCACAGGCCCACGCUGCUGUACGACCCGGCCAAGUCCGAGACCUUCCGCGCGCUGCAGGAGGAGGGGCUGGGCGACGUGGUCCAGGAGGUGCCCGUGCCCGUGCAGCCGAAGGUCUUCACCGCGCCGCCCAACAAGAGGCCAGCGCCCACCCCGAAACCAACGAAACAGGCUGAUGCGCAACCGAAGGGAAAACAAACGACCUUCGUGAACUCACUCCACGAAGAGCAUAUCCAGCAGUCGAACUCCUUCAAGCGACUAAUGUACAACGUGUUGGGCGACACAGAGUUCUAGGGCGGGCCACAAUGAAGCCACGCCCUUCGACGUCUGCGGCGAACACCCGACGUUAUCACUCCCUUAUCAUGUCGACCCUCGUCUCUUAGCGCUUAGCACACGUAGCGUGCGCUAACGAAGACGAUCGCCCGCACCAGUUGACUGAUUCCCAGUUUUAUGGCGGUUAGACGAGCGCCAAACUUAGAUAUAAUUGACUUGUUGGAUUAGCAACGAAUAAGACUAACAAAAAUAAUUUAGGAGGCUAUUUAUUUAUAAUACUCCUGGCAGUGUGUUAUAUUUUUCGGUGGAUUUAAUUAUUCUAAUACUCGAGUAUUAGUGAUAUAAUUUAUAUUUACAUUAAGUAGCAAUGUAACGUUUAUUAUUACUAAGUGUUGAUUUUCUGUUUGUACAGAAAUAUAUUGUUUACGUAUACAAUGAAAAUGUUGAGUGUACAGUCUAGUCACUUCGACCCGAGCUCUGGUCGUCU